AUGCACUUAUUGCAAUCUUUAUUCAUAAUAGAAGAUUCAGAUACAUUAUUGAAUAAUAGCAUCGAUGAAAGUGUAUUUAAAAGAAAUUCUACUCAUAUUUACAUUGAUAUUGGCUGUUUUGAUGGUGAAACAGUUGAACAUUUUAUUUAUUUUACUCCAAAUAGUAUAUUAUAUGAUAUAAUUACAUUUGAACCAGAUCCAAUUAACUAUCAAUUAUGUAAGAAAAAAUUAAAACAAAAACAAUUUGAAAAUUACAGUAUAACUAUAAUACCUAAAGUUGUUUGGUUAAGAAAUGAAAAAGUUCCUUUUUUAAUUAAUCAUGGAGAAAAUAGUCGUAUACAGCUGACUGAAAUCGUAGACGCACAAAAUGUAGUAAUGCUGAAUGGGAUUGAUUUUUCCUCGUGGCUUUCUCGUUUAGUUAAAUCAGAGAAUACUAGAUUGCAUAUCAAAGUAAGCAUGCCUGGAUCUGAAGUGCCAGUACUUCGAAAACUACUUAUUGAAGAUAAAUUAUUAUUAGCCGAACGAUGGGAUGUUCAAUGGACAGAUCGAUAUAAUCCUCGUAUACGUGCACUACGUAUCUAUAUUCAAUCAAUGAUGGAUUCAAUAGGUUUUAGUUGUGAUCAUUACACGCGCAUACCUGAUGUUCGAGACGUCUAUCGAAAGAAAGGAACAUUUGAGCAUAUAGUAAAAUAUGCCGAUUGGCGCCUAAUACCUGAAGCUGAUACAUAUUGCUAUUAUAUUCAACGACCUACUGUUACAGAUCCACCACGUACAACUAGAUUAAAACUAAAAUCGAAGAAAGAUAAAGAAUAG